AUGGAAGACGAAGGACCACCUCAACUACUCGACGUUUCCUCUUCUGGCGAUGAUGAAGCGGGCCCAUCUCGAGAUUUCUAUGAUAGACCCAAGAUACCCUUAACGCUUUUGACUGGAUAUUUGGGCGCAGGGAAAUCUACAUUACUGGACUAUAUAUUGAAAGAAGAACAUGGAUAUAAAAUAGCAGUGUGUAUGAAUGAUUUUGGAGAUACGACAGAUAUAGAGGCCAAAUCAUUGACGCUCUCUGAUCCAACUUCCCAAUCAACCACAACCGAAUUCCUCUCCCUUCCCAAUGGAUGCCUGUGCUGCUCGUUCAAGGACAUGGGGAUAGCAGCUAUAGAAGAGAUGGUGGCAAAUGCCCCGGGCGGUAUAGACUGGGUGAUGGUUGAGCUGACAGGUGUAGCAGAUCCAGGUCCGAUUAUCCGUUCGUUUUGGGCCAACGAGGAGAUGGGUGAUUUGAUCUUGGAUGGUGUAGUUUGUGUGGUAGAUAGUAGGAAUGUGUUAAAGCAACUUGCUGAGCAAAGAGAGGGAGAUGAGAUCAACGAAUGUCAGAAACAAGUAGCAUGUGCCGAUGUGAUCUUACUGAACAAGCUCGAUCUAGUAACUCCCGAACAGAUGAAAGAGGUUGAAUCGACCAUACGUACGAUAAAUCCUACACUUCGAGUUCAUCAUACCACCCAAUCCAAAGCACCUUUAUCAGGUUUAUUCAACUUACGUGCAUUUUCCGAUCCUACCGCUCUUACUUCUUCCACCAAGCCUACAACGACCCACGAAUGUGAACAUGAUCAUGAUCACUCUUCAUAUAACUGUUCACAUCCCUCUCACACACAAACACAUACCAAUGGAAUAUCAACCAUUUUAGUUCCAUUACCUGUCCUGAAUCAAAAACAAUAUUUCAAACUUAACGAAUUUCUGGAAUCGAUUUUAUGGGAUAACAAAUACCCCAUCAGCAAAAAGCCUUCACCAGAGAUAUUACGUUCGAAGGGCUAUAUCAGAUUGGAUGAUGGGAGGGAAUAUGUCCUACAGGGUGUAGCUGAUUUGUUCGAGUUGAAGGAGUUACCUGGAUCGGAGCAGGAGCAAGGACAAGGACAAGGACAAGGACAAGGACAGGGAAAGGUGGUGUUUAUAGGUAAGAAUGUGGGUGAAGAGGUGAAAGCAGCAUUAACAGAAUUUGUAGGCAUAUAA